CGAGCGGGUUUCUCUGAAUCUGCGCGGAGUUUACACACUCAUGACCGCACGCGCGCCUGCACACCUGAGCGAGGGACGAACAGCCGUCUCCACUCGCCAGCUCGCACAACCCCGCGCGGAACCACGUCACACCGAACGUAUCUGAACCAAACUUGGAGGAUUAAAGGGAGAGGUUGAUCAUUGGUCGUCUGCCAUUGCUGUGAGGGAGGGGCAGUUCUCGAAUGAAGCCCGCUACUGUGAUGGAUCUCAAGGUGGAACCGGUGCCUGUGGACGAACCCCCUCCGCUCCAGGUGUUCGCACACAUGUCAACGCUGCACGGCAUCGCACACAUCUUCUCCUACGACAGGAUCACAGCGAGGUGCUGCCUGUGGCUGCUCUUCUUCCUCAGCUCCGUGGCGUUCCUGCUGUGUGUGUGUGUUGACCGUGUGCUCUUCUACCUGGAGUAUCCACACGUGACCAAACUGGAUGAGGUCGUUGCGCCUGCCAUGGUCUUUCCCGCCGUGACAAUCUGCAACCUGAAUGCCUUCCGCUUUGGCAGGGUCACUCGCAAUGACCUGUACCACGCCGGGGAGCUGCUGGCACUGCUCAACUCAAGGUAUGAGAUUCGCGAUGUUCACCUGAUCGAGGAGAGUGUUCUGGAGGCUCUGAAGACCAAAGCUGACUUCCAGAACUUCAAGCCCCGGCCCUUUAACAUGCUCGAGUUCUAUAACCGAACGGGUCAUGACAUCAAAGACAUGCUCCUCGCCUGUCAGUUCAGGGGGUCACCGUGCCAGCCCGAAGACUUCAAAGUGGUGUUCACGCGCUACGGGAAGUGCUACACGUUUAACUCUGGUGAGACUGGACCGCUGCUGGUCAGCAUGAAGGGAGGGAUGGGGAGCGGACUGGAGAUCAUGCUGGAUAUCCAGCAGGACGAGUACUUACCUGUGUGGGGAGAGACAGAUGAGACAUCUUUUGAAGCGGGGAUUAAAGUUCAGGUACACACUCAGGACGAGCCGCCGUUCAUCGAUCAGUUGGGUUUCGGAGUUGCUCCAGGGUUCCAGACCUUCGUGUCCUGCCAAGAGCAGCGGCUGAUGUAUCUGCCCCCUCCGUGGGGGAACUGCAAGGCGAGCCCGCUGGACUCUGACUUCUUCACCUCCUACAGCAUCAGCGCCUGCCGCAUCGACUGCGAGACUCGAUACCUCGUGGAGAACUGCAAUUGCCGCAUGGUGCACAUGCCCGGUGAUGCGCCGUACUGCACCCCUGAGCUGUAUAAGGAAUGUGCAGAUCCGGCUCUCGAUUUCCUGGUGGAGAGGGAUAACGACUACUGCAUGUGUGAAACUCCAUGUAACACCACUCGCUACAGCAAAGAGCUCUCCUUCGUCAAGAUCCCCAGCAAAGCCUCCGCCAAAUACCUCGCCAAGAAAUUCAGCAAAUCCGAGAAGUACAUCGCAGACAACAUCCUGGUGCUGGACGUCUUCUUCGAAGCUCUGAACUACGAGACCAUUGAGCAGAGGAAAGCUUAUGAAGUGGCAGGUCUGCUGGGUGACAUCGGAGGACAGAUGGGACUUUUCAUUGGAGCGAGCAUCCUCACCAUUCUGGAGCUUUUUGACUAUCUGUAUGAGGUGGCAAAAUACAAGCUCUGUCGCUGUUCAGACAAGAAGAAUCAGAGCAGCAGCGCUGAUCACAGCACCGUACUGGGGCUCGAUGAUGUCAAAUGUCACGUCAGCAACUUUCACUAAAGACAUCAAGCCUGCAUCCUGGAAGGUUCACUGAGUUGCUGUUGUCAAUAGACUGAGCUGUCCGUUUACAUUGUCACCGUGGCUACGCAUUGUAGAGUUCUAUAGAUUGUCCUAGAAUCCUUUCAACCCUCUUUUCUAUACACAAAGAUGUGAACAUGUUCAUUUUUACACGUGCUAAAAACUUUGACAUGCAGCUUUCCAGUAAGCGUUUUAGAUUUCACUUUGAAAAAGUUUUAGUGGGCAUCCGAGAAACAGACACACAGUGAAAUGACAGUGAAUUGGCUAUGCAAUGGAAAAGCAAGAGGACAGCUUGAGAGGUGUGUUUGUUUUUUUGUGUUUUCUGGUGGUGUCUUGUCUUGAGAUGGAUGUGCAGUGGAUGAGAAUUGCAAAAACGUGCACGUAACAUGGCCAAGCCAGCGUAAGAUCUGCAGUCAGUUGGGUCUGAGGAGGCUCUCUCAACAAACCUCUAGAGCUCAGCAGUGAAGUGUUUAUGUGAUUUAUUGUGCCAAAACUAGCCACACAAAGAACAACUCAGCAUUUAUAAUGCGUCCAAUCUGGACUAUGUUUCAGUUUUAAGCACAUGUUGUGGUUCAUUAAAGGAAUCCGCCAGCUUUGUUCAUCCUAAAUCAGCUUAACUGCUGAACUCUGCUAUCCCAUUAAUGAUAUUGUUAUCAUUUAUACUACAUUUUAUAUAAGACUUGAUUCACAUUGAUUCAUGCCAUUAAAAGUGAAAUGUUUAUGUUAUUAUAAAUGUAUUGUGAGUUAAUAGAUAACUAGUCGAAAGUGACGCUGUUGUUGCCUUUUCCAUUCACAAGGUUUCAGCUUUGAUGGUCACCAAGAAGGCUUUGUAACAGACUGGACAGCAAUAGCAUACUUGGCACUAACAGACAAAACAUCGCUCUAGAACCAAUUUGUGUCUGGAAAACAGACUGAGGACCAGCAGUAAUUGUGUAUUAACAUUUCGAAUUUCCAUACAUUUUUGUUUUACAUGGUCAGGUUGAAAUUUAAACAUACAGAUUCAGUCUGCUUUGCUAAGUGAUUGGAAACCCCUGGCCUAACUGCAUUUUUUACACUGUAAAUUUGCAUGACUGGUUCUUUCAGAGAUGGGACUAGUUUUUGUUGAUUUACCAACAAAGUCAUGUGAUAGGUGAUUUCGCAGGCUCAACCUACUUGCCUUUUGUAGCAGCUUUGGGGCUCCAGAACUAUCACAGAUUUAGCAUUUAGUUCAGCCAUACAAACUCUGAUAAUGCUCAUUUCUGCUAGCACCACUAUGGGAGUCUAGUAGUAUGUUACACUAAGAUGACAUUUUCUGGCUUUUCUAGAUUAAACACAGAUAUUUGAACCUUGAAGCAGAAGACAUUCCAUGUUUUAUUUGAAGCUUUAAUAUAUAUUUGAACUCAUAUGUAGCCUUUUUACAGUGACUCUUUUGGUGAAGAGCCCUGCUGCCGACGCUGUUUUCCAUUUCUAUACAGCUGAUAGAAACACAUCAGUCAGGCUACUUCUUUAAGAAGAUCUUCCAGAAGGUCUAGAGUAACAUAUCUUUUAGAAAAUUGGCUCCAGCGAUCAGAUUUGAUGAUCAAAAUGUGAUUGGUUACCUUUCCUGUUAAUUCAUAAAUAUGUUGGUGGUUAAUAAUCUAAUAUAAAACACCUUCAGUUCAGCGCCUGAAGUCCUAGCCAGUGGGAGAGAUUGGUUAGGACCUCAGAUACCAGAGAAAAAAGGGUUCAUGGAAUUCAGUAACUGCCCAUAUUAUAAAUUCAUUUUGAGUCACGAUGUUUUCAGGGCAAUGUGUAAAAAUUACUGUCUAUGAUGAUAAUCUACAUAAUGUAGAUGCAGCAAAAAGAGAUGAGGUUGAAAAAACGCUGGUGUGUUCCUUCAAUGAACGCUGAAAUAAAUCUGGCUUUAUAAAGUUCCGACCUGACUGCACAGGUGGGACUGUGAGGCUGCUUGCCUAGUCGAGCUGCCUGCAGAAGUGUUGUGAGAAGAACUACAGCUCACACAUACACACUGAAUGCUCUGCCGUGGGCUGCUGUAUGAUGCCAUUGGUCCACACCUGCUCCAAGAGUGAGAGUGAACUGGACAUUUGCCCAGUAGCUUUGCAUGAGAGCGCUCGCCUUAUGUAUGUAACAAUGUAUUUGUCUGUUGGCAUGUUUGUUGUAAGAACGGUAAUGUGUAUAUCUGUGUGCGUGCAUGAGUGUGUGUGUGUGUAUGUGUGUAUGCAUGGCUGUAUGCGUCUCAGUGUGUGUGUGCACUGUAAAAAAUGAAAGUUGGCUUUCCUUUGAGUCUACUUGACACUGACGUUCACCCAAUUCAACCAACUUAGGUAAAGUACUGUAUAUAUAUAUAUAUAUAUAUAUAUAUAUAUAAUUGUUGUUGUUGGAAUGAUAUGUAAAUAAAUAUGUAUGUUUGCAGGAGAAAAAGUUCUUAACUUUCAAUUUAUGUUAAUGUAUCAAGAUUUUAUUCAAAGUCAUUUGGACCAUUUCUAAUACUCAGUUAGUAGAUUUAACACAAAUUUAAUGACGAAUGGUUUUGUUCCAGCAGCAACAGUACACAUAUAAAGCUUUUACUCAGCUUCCUCACUAACCAUGACUCGUUAUUGCGCAAUCAGCCAUUUCCUCUUCUUGGGUCUCCCACUUAUGGAUGGCUGUGGCAUCGCUGGGGCUCAAAAACAUUUUUCUUGUGACUUUUCUAUGGAGUACCAAACCAGUCAUAAUUCAUGUUUCCUGAGCAUUUUCAGACCUCUUUUUAGCUCUAAUAAUUCAACAGACUGCUUCUAGAACUGUCCCUUUAAGGCAGAUACAUUUAAAUGCCUUUCCUGUAUUUCAGAACGUGAAAAAAGUUAAAUGGGCCCUUUAACUAAGCAAAGAAUUUGGAAAUGUUCAUUUUAGUUGGUUCAACACAAUCUACUGGUGCUACAAACUCAAAAAACAUAAAUAUCCAAUUUUUGUAAUUCAGUUUUAAAUCAUUUUCACUUGCCUAAAACUUUGAGUUAACCAAACAUCAAAUAGUAGAUUAACAAAACAACUGUGUCUUAGUCAGCUACUCAGUCAGUUAACUUGUUGAAGUAAGUUACCUAUCGAAACACCUCUAGUGGUGCACCUCUAGUGGUGGCCUCAAUCAUCCAUAACUGGUAGCCCAAGAAAGGAUAAUGUCUAGUGACCUUAUUUAAUAGACAAGUGUCUGGAUGUAGGCGACAUCAAUGUUAAGCCACUCUUGCAUCAAAGAAUUAUAUAGUGUGGCCAGAUUUCGUGGAUGCCUUCCCUGGAGUCUUGCUUGCUUUUCCAGGUAGUUCGGGCCAGUCCAGAUGUGUGAAGCUCAUCAGUCACAUUUGCAGCCCUGGGAUUGUAAGAAUCAUUAAAUAAAGGGAUAGGAAUGUUAUGUUUCUCAGUAAAUUGAUGAGCAAAAAGCAAAACCUGGUUGUCCAGCAGCUCAAUGUAGGCACUGUAGUUCAAAUCUGUGACCUCAACCAAACCAUGAACAGUCCAGUGUUUCUGUCUCUUCGUCCACUGUAACCAGGCAACUUUGAGAGCAGAAGUGAGCGAAGGCAUUGCAUGCAGCUUUGCUCCAUUGAGUUUCAGAAAUUGGUUGUGAAAGACCUGCGUUGACUUCUGGAAGCAAUUCUUGCCUGGAAGCAAAGCGAAUGAAACAUGCCAGCGGUCCCUGUCCGUUAGUUUUGUCUUUUGUCUUUUGGAUUUUUGAAACUGCAGGUUGACCCAUAUGGCCGUACGCUUCGAUACACCUCCAAUUACAGCUACUUCCUUCACACUGUGGCCUUUGGCACGCCCAAAUACAAUCACACCUUUUUGCCAAUCAUUGUCAUCUGCUUUGCCACCCAUUUUCCACACAUCAUGCAAGACAUUCACUGCACUUUACCACUCGUCUCAAUCUGUGAAUCCUGCCAUAUGCAGGAGCCUAAAGUUACUAUCCCCUUAAGCACGCAAGGUGACACAUUUUUUGUCUGGGGAGCUUAUUUUGCAUCGUUUUGGGCAAACUGGAAACUCAAGUUGAGUUAUUUAAAGAAAAGCUGUACAACAAUCGGACCUUCCAUUUUUUGCAGUGUGCAGGGGUGCCAGCAUUUGUGUGCGUUUCUGUGCAUGGCUGUAUGCGUGCAAGUACGUCCAUGCAUGUGUGUAUAUCCGUGGUUUGUGUGUCAUGUCCUGCAGGGCAGAUGAGUAUUUUUAAAUGACAAAGAGAGAUUAGAUUAUUUUCAUAGUUUAACGCCGAGCCACACCAAGAGAAAGAUUUACAGAAUGUGUCAAAUGCCUGCAUAUAGGCCGAUCUCCAUGUUCAGUCGUAUUAAUAGUUCGGUAUGAUUUAUGGUGUAUUUGCAUUCUUCUACCUCCUAGUUGUUUGUGAUGAUGAAUUUAGGUGCAGUGUUUGCGGACUCUUCUUUCUCAGCCGGACAGUGGAGUGUUGAUAUGCUCGUGUUAUAUUUGUUUUAAAAUCUGAAUGGUCAAAUCACAAGAGAUCUAGUAAAAUGUACAGCGGCUUCAGUAACCAGGAUUUCCUGUUAAUAUUAUUAUUAUUAUUAUUAUUAUUAUUAUUAUUAUUACUACUACUAUUAUUACUACUAUUAUUAUUAUUAUUAUUAUUAUUAUUAUCAGUAUCUGUAUUGAUUUGAUGCUUAUCAUGUGGCUGUAUUG